UCUUCUGCGCAUGUGCAGAAGUACUUGUGACGGCAGCACCGCGCCGCGCGCACAGACCGAGCGACGCUGAAUGAACGCAAACUGAUUUCUGCGCAAAAUGAUGAAGUUUCUCCCCAAACUGCUGCUGCUGGUGCUGCUGGCCUUCCCGGCCACGAUCCUGAUGAAAGCACCAGUAGUGGCUGCUCAGGAUCCCACUGAGGAUGAAGAGGCCGAGGCCGUGGAUGAAGAUGUGGUGGAUGACGUGACAGCUGAGGACGAGGAUGACGAGGCGGAAGUGGAAGACGAUGAAAAUGCAGAACUGACAGAAGAAAAAGACGAUGAAGAGGAAGAAGCGCUGGCCGGCGAGGUGAAGGCUUCUCCCAACGCCGACACCACCAUCCUCUUCGUCAAAGGAGAAGACUUCCCUGCCAACAACAUUGUCAAGUUCCUGCUGGGCUUCACCAACAAGGGAUCGGAGAACUUCGUGGUCGAGUCUCUGGACGCGUCUUUCCGUUACCCACAGGACUUCCAGUUCUACAUCCAGAACUUCACGGCUCUGCAGCUCGGCACGGUGGUGCCCCCCGGCAGGCAGGCCACCUUCGAGUACUCCUUCAUCCCCGCCGAGCCCAUGGGAGGACGGCCCUUCGGUCUGGUCAUCAACCUCAACUACAAAGACAGCAACGGAAAUGUUUUCCAGGAUGCCGUGUUCAACCAGACGGUCACCAUCACGGAGAAGGAGGACGGCCUGGACGGAGAGACGAUCUUCAUGUACGUCUUCCUGUCAGGCCUCGGGCUGCUGGUCAUCGUGGGCCUUCACCAGCUGCUGGAGUCCAGAAAGAGGAGGCGUCCAGCUCCCAAGGUGGAAAUGGGAACUUCCAGCCACAACGACGUGGACAUGAGCUGGAUCCCCCAGGAAACACUCAACCAAAUCAUGCAGAGUCGUCGAGACAAAGCCUCUCCCAGACGAUCUCCCCGCAAGAGGAACCAGAAACGCUCCGCUGGCUCCGACGAGUGACGGGCCAGCCGGCCAGCGCCUGGCACCGGACGCGGCACGACCGAACCCACCGCGCCAAACUUUACCCGCCCGUCUCCGCACGAGGAGGGCCGGGAGCGCCGAGGCGAGCGCACCCCGCCCUUUCUGCAGAGAGACUUCACACAGUGCCAACCGCAGCAAGGCUGGCUCUCCACUUUUCAGCUUACGAACUGUUGAACACGACUACACACACACACACACACACACACACACACAUAAAACACGGUCCCGUUUGUUUGAUGAUUACUGUUUUUCUGACGCUUGAGGGAGAGGAGCGCAAAGGGGGGCGAUGCUUUCAUUCACCGGGAGAAGUGUCAGCUUUGGGAGGGUUUGCUGGGUUUGCUGGGUUAGGAGGGGCGGGCGGGGCCGAGAGGGGGACUGGCAGCAGCGGGACGGUUGUUAAUUUUCCUGAAUGAUGACGUUUUGUCUGUGGCGGCCUUAGGAAGAAAACCUGUGACAUGAUCAUUUUGAGACAGAAGUGAUUGUUGUUCCCCCUGCGGUGCGUCAUGAAGCCAUGAGAACUGUAACACACCUGCUCUCUCUUUUCUUUUUCUCUUCUUUCUCUCUCUCUCUGUCCACGUUUUGCUCGCUCGGGUUCCUCCUGCACAUUUUGGGCUGCGGUCAGAUUUGCGUCCCCUUCCUCACAGCUCUUCCGUCCCUCCCUUCCCUUCUGCGUCUUUGCUGAUUUUCCCCCCCAGAUCUUCAGGAUUAAGAGACAAAACACUUCACAGACCUGCGGAGUGAAGCCACAUAAAAGAGGACGAUCUGACGGGAGUGAAUCUUUGUCGUGAGCCUGCCCUCCAACCCGCACGACCUAAAACUCUCCUCCUGCUGCUGAACUCCUUCAUAUGUUCCCUUCUCGUGGACUCUCAGCCUCUCUGACAGGCGACAGGUUUUAACAGUGAAAAUGACAAACAGAACAGAAAUGCCAUGGGAUUACUGUGAAUACUGAAUAAAGUUUUGGUUUGGCUUUUCAGUCUGAAGUGCACUGUACCGCUCAGCCAGGCUGAACAACGCCCUCCUCCUCCCCGGCCCUCAGUGUGUGUGUGUGUGUGUGUGUGUGUGUGUGUGCGUGUGUGCGCCCGCGCGCCUGUUUUCUACCUUUUCGUUUCUAAUCUUGUAAAUUUGUCCUCUCUGCAUCGUUUUCCUCCGCUUGGCUCCUCGAGGAGCUCAGAUCAGAUUUACAAAAUAUUGAAUUCAUUUUUUUGUUGGUUUGUUUUUCUUUCGUUUAACUGGCCGAAGCACUGGUGUACAUACUGGCUGAUGGACGCUGACGUUAAAAUUUACGAGUUAAUUUAUUCCUGAGGAACAAGACGGGGCUCACAUGGGGUUGGGGCAGGGUUUUUGAAACUGUAGUUCAUUUGUGUUACCACUAGGGGGCAUCACUGAUUUCCUUUUCCACGGUGAGGAUCACUGACUUAGAGUUGUUUUACUGCUAAGCCAUAGAGAGGCUGUGUGUCUGAGGUUGGACUGGUGCUGUGAGCCGGCAGCCCGGCCAGCAGAGCUCCUGCGGUGUUGAUGUGGACCGCCGCCGCCGCCACCGCUCCGUGUCCCUGCAGCUCCUCUGAACUGCGGCGCUGCUCUUUCAGAAGACACGUCUCCACGAUGGAGCAGAACGCCGGGGAGAUCUCGCUCCAGACUUCUGUCCACGGCUCUCGCAGGUUUCUGUCCAGGACUCGUCAUACCACUAGUGAACCUACAGCAACCUACAGAGAGAGAGUGUGUGUGUGUGUGUGUGUGUGGAUCUCCGCCUGCAGACCCACAGAGAGCCAGGCUAACCGCUUCCUUGUGUUUUUCUAAAUCAGUGUUGGGGCUGUCAGAUUCAUAGAUACGAGCUUCUACUUUUAUUUGCUUUUAAAUGUGCAGGAAAAAAAAUAAACUUUGAUGAUUUGCUGUA